AUAUUAAGUCAGUUAGAAAGAUGCAUGUGCAUUAAUAGGUAGGUAGCGCUGUGUGUUCUACUUUCAUUGAUCGUUAUUUUGUAUUUAAUUGAUGGGUAUUCGUACAUUAUGUAAACUUAUAAGUUCAUCUCUAAAGAGGGACAGACUGCCCACAUUACGCUGUAAUUAUGUGGAGUUUCUAGCUACAGCACAAACAAAAUAAUGUUUUGGUGUCUGAUGAUUCAUGGAUAAAGCAGACAUGAUAAGGAUGAAGAAAUGUCACUGGAGAUAAGGCUGCGUUUUUAUGAGUAGUUUUCGUGGCAGUACCAGUAACAGAGUCCAACUGCCCUCCAGUAUGUUCACACACAAAACCUUGGACAACAGUUUGACCCAAUAUGUCCAGAAACAAAUUAUUCAUGAAUUGCGUAUAAGUACAUGCACUGUGAUUAUGGCCAAUAAUUUUGAUUGCAGGAGUAGUGAUCACAGAAUGAGAAGACACAGAGGCUAGCAUUUUUCUCAAUGUCCAAUACUGAGGUCCCGGUGUCCUCAAUAUCUGAGGUUCCUGAUGCACCAGUUCCUUCCCAGACUGAUUCCCCUGAAACUCAGCAGGUGCCCCCAAAGCUGGAGAGGGAGGAUAACCAGAACAAGGAUGAGACCGCUGAACUGCUGGCCAGACUAGAGGAGGCAAAUAAAUUGUUGGAGGCAGAUGAGAAGUCCUUGGUUAGCCUCAAUGUGGCCCCCUCCCCGACUCCUAGUCACUCCAGGAAGGGGUCAGGGUCCAGCGUGGUGUCCACCACCUCCUCUAACAGCCAUUACAGUAACCAGCAGUCUACAGAGGAAGCAGACAGUAACACAGCGACAGGAAAUGUUUGGGAAAUUUGGGGAAAACUGGUCAACGACUGGGAUAAUGCCAAGAAGAAAACGUCGCUCAUCAAGGAGCUGGUGAGGAGGGGGAUUCCGCAUCAUUUUCGAGGCCUGGCCUGGCAGUUGUUACUCGGAGUUCAUGACUCCCCCCAUAAACAGCUGUAUGUAGAGUACUUAAAACAGACUUCUCCAAGUGAGAAGCUGAUUCGAAGGGACAUAGCGCGCACCUUCCCUGACCAUGACUUCUUCAAAGAGAAGGACGGACUAGGACAAGAAAGUUUAUUUAAUGUUAUGAAGGCAUAUUCCCUCCAUGACAGAGAAGUUGGUUAUUGCCAGGGAAGUGGAUUCAUUGUCGGUCUUCUACUCAUGCAGAUGCCUGAAGAAGAAGCUUUUGCUGUCCUUGUUAAGCUGAUGCAGGACUAUCGUCUCCGAGAACUAUUUAAACCCAGUAUGGCUGAGCUAGGCUUGUGCAUGUAUAAACUGGAGUGUCUCAUUCAGGAGCUGUUGCCGGACAUGUAUCUUCACUUCCAGUCCCAGGGCUUUCACACCUCUAUGUAUGCCUCAUCAUGGUUCUUAACUCUGUUUGCCACCUCGUUUUCACUGUCUCUUUCAUGUCGUGUGAUGGAUUUAUUUAUAUCUGAGGGUAUGGAUGUGAUAUUUCGUUUGGGAAUUGCAAUAUUACAAACUAGUCAAGAGGAGAUUCUGUCUAUGGAUAUGGAGGGGAUGCUACAGCAUUUCCCAAAGACCAUGUUCAGUCAGUAUGAGGGCAAUCCAGAUAGGCUGUUUAACACUGCUUUUGCUGUGAAAUACAGUGCCAAAAAGAUGAAAAAAAUAGAGAAGGAAUACACUGCCCUGAAAAGCAAAGAGAAUGAGGAGCAGAUAGAAUUACGGAGACUUCGAACAGAAAACAGACUACUGAGACAACGAAUUGAGGCCCUUGAAAAGGAGUCUGCGUCGUUAGCUGAUAGGCUGAUUCAGUACCAGGUGACCAGGGCUCAGGAGGCUGAGGAAACAUACGCCUUAAAGAACAACCUCUCCACCACAAAGCAGAAGCUAGUCGACACAACUCGCAAACUUGAGGAGGCUAACACCCUUAUAGGAGAUAUAAAACACAGGACCAGUAGUAUAACCUCGGCCUCCUCUCUGGACGAGGAUGAGGCACAGACCGUGAUCCAGCACUUACAGGAGGAGCUCAUCGCUCUACGCCUCAAAGACGCCGACACCGACUCACUGGUCAAGGAGCUCAGGACAAAGAUUAAGGAGCUGGAGGAGACAAACCUACAGCUGCAGAAGGCCCCCAGUAAUGAUGUCCAGCAUCUACAAGAGGAGCUCAUAGCAGUCAAACUCCGAGAAGCCGAGGCUAAUCUUUCACUGAAGGAAAUGAAGCACAAAGUGUAUGAUUUAGAGUCACAAUGGGAGGAUUAUAUUGUCAAGUCCAAUGAGGACCCGUCAUCCCCAAAAGAUAAAAAUAGUAACAAGCAUGAGAUUCGACAACUUCAGGAGGAGGUCAUGUCUGUCAAAAUUAAGGAGACUGCCUGUAUGUCAGAACUGAAAGAAACCAAGCAAAAAGUCAUGGAAUUUGAAACUCAGAACCAUAUAUGCACCAAUCAAAUCAGAAGAAUGGAUGAGGAGAACAAGACCCUGAAGUCACAGAUAGAAAUCCACGAGGCCCAAGAGAAGGACCUUGGGAGUCAGAUCAAAGACCUGUCCAGGAAACUAGAUAACUUAGAGGCACAAAGAAAAGAGGAGUCGAUGAUGAUGAGAAUCAGAGAUGCUGAGCAAGCCCAAUCACUUGCAGAACUUAAGCGAAAGAUAGCCGAACUUGAAAUCCAGAAGGAAGAACUGCUCACAGCAGACAGAUUGGACGCCAAAGAUGGCAGCCAAGACCUGGCCAACCAAAUCUAUGAUCUACAAGAUGAAGUAUGUCAGAUUGAUGCAUGUGGCUCUUCUGCACUCAGUGACCCUAGUGUGUACUGCAGCUGAGGCUAUCCCAUAAUUCCUCUACACCAAGAGCAUCGUAUCGGAAUGGUUCUCUGAGUGAAAGUGAGGACGAGAGUGAUGAGGACUUAGAAAAUCCUGAGACUUUAAACCGAACAUUGUCUGACAUCAUCGAAGGCAAGUCCCCGACCAGUGUCUUAUCUUCAUCCCUGAUUAACAGUCCAUCCCCUAAAAACAGCACAACGAAAUCCUCCAUAGAGUCCCAUCUUAUGAAGGGUGGCCAGAUUUCUGAGGAGGAUCAGUGCAUCGAAGCUCUCUCUCCAAUUUCUUCUCCUAGCAAAGUUCCGGGUUCCAAUUUAAAUGGUAACUGUGAUACACAAUUAGGUCAGUCUGAUAAUGGUGCUUUAUUGAAUACUUCACAAACUAUGAAUGGGACUGGUGCAGUUGUAGACAGUGAAUCGUGCCGUGAGUUCUCUUCUGGUGCAACAAAUGGGGAACUGGUAAACAACCAACCCACAGUGACUUCAAGUGAAGGCUCAAUACGAGACAAUGUUUUAUAGUGCUGGGAAGGAAAAAAUUGUCUUUAUUGUUUAAUCUGUGACUCUUCUAAAAUUUUCACAAAUGUUGUUUUCAUUUUUAACUUACCCGAGCUAUAAGCAUAUUGCCAUAGUUUGUUCUGGUCAGUCAGUUCUGAUGGAGAGUGGUUAACCCGCCAUGUUUAUGCCAUCAAAUGUUGAAUUUUGUAUUUUCUGAAUAACUGUAUUUUGUUUGAAGUCAAAGUUACAAUAUCUUUUGCUUAAAUGGUUUAAAUCUUUCUCAGGAAAAUUUAUACAUUCAUAUGACUUUGAUUAUUGAUUAAAUUAUCCCAUACUUUAAUAAAUUUUGAUGCCCAUUGUUUAGAGAUGCUUAGCGAUAUUAUCUACACUUGAACAAUUUUUUGCCUAUUGGAAAUAAGUACAUUUACUGGAAUUGUAGAUGUGUUCUGCGAAAUGUUUAUAAAAGUGUAUGUAUUGCAAUUCCAAUAUUAUUCAAAUUAUGAUGGAAUAGAUUGUAUGUCGUACUUAUGAAAUACAUCAUUAAAUAUUUAAAAAUAUGGAGGAAAAUUGUUUAGAAUACAACCAAUAUUAUUUAUGUGAGAUAUUAUGCACUCUGCAAUUUUAAAUUUACUUUUCAUUCACUUAUUUUCUUGGAGUAAAAUUUUGUGGUUUGGGGAAAAUGAGCAUGUUUGUGGAACAGUUAUUCCGUAUUGUAGUUCCGUUUUUCUUCAUUGUUGAGGAUUUGAAUUUGUGGGUAUAUCUGUACCAUGAACAGAUUUUACAGGAUGUAACUUUAUUCAUAUACUCAAGGAAGGAUAUGAUCACUUUUGUUAGCGAAUACUGUAAAUACUCAUGGGAGUUUCUAUAUGUGCCAAAGAAUUUUGUUUGUGCAAAGUUGCAAAAAGUAGCUUUUUCACUCAAGAGUAGUUUAAGGCUUCUAAUGUGUUAAUGCUUCUCUUUAAGGGUGAGAAUGUUCACAGGAAUAACUGAACCCAAGUCGAAUCAUUUCAUUCAACAAAAUUAUUCAAAAUUGGACUUUCAAAGUGUGUUAUACUAAGCUACUAUUGUUUUGUGUGGGAUCUAUAAAUGUUGAUGAGUAAAAAAUAGGAAUGAAAAUAGAAGCAAUGUGAACUUUAAUUUCACUAAAAAUCUCAUGAAUGAUAACUCUUACCUCAGUGUCACUGCCUUUUUUUCCCCUCUUUUUUUUGUAUUCAGUUCUGAAAAUUGGGCCAGUAAACAGAAACAGAACACAUGAACAUGCUGUGAAUAGAUAUACAGUUUCACAUCUCAUCCCAUUUUUCCAAGGGAGUAAAAUAUUUGGGGUGAUUAUAUGGUCAUUGUCUACAAGUACCCCAAAGCAGACAGUUUGUUAUGAAAGUUCUGAAUCAUUUCUAUCUUUUCCUAAAAUCAAAAGAAGGAUUGUUGAAAGAAAAGCAUCAGCAUUUUUUUCCUAGGCUGCAUCUGUAAUACAGAUGCACCUUCAUGAAAACCAGUUUUGAUCCUUGCCCAUGAAAAUUUAGAAACAAAUUCUUAGGAUAUCUUCUAUUGUUUUAAGAUGAAAUUUAAAAAGUUAAAUCAAACCCAUUGGAUAAAUUUUAAGAAUGUUAUUUUUUCAUAGAAACUCUAGGAAAAACAUAAAAAGCCUGACUUUUAAGAAAAAAUCUUGAAUGAUUUAUGGACUAUUGAAAUUAAACAUGGAUUCAUUUUCUUCUAUAGAUAAAACAAUAAACUGUGUUCUAGAUGUUUUAGAUAGUUGAAGUUUAUAAACCUGGGUGAAAAAGUUGAGGUUUUGUAAUUCGUACUAGACAGGUAUUUUUAAGGAGGUACUCUACAUCAUCAUAAUGACUGACUUCCUUUUAAAACAUGGAUGAAAAUAUGAAUAUCAGCAAUAUUUGCUUAUUCAUUCUAAAGUUCAUCACCUAGCUGAGUAGGUUAGCACGUCUACUACUGAACUGUAGAUCGCGAGUUCAAGUCCAGCAGGGGUUUUUAAUUUUUUGCAGAUUGCUUUCUACUAAAACUGCAUUUUUUGACUAAAUGAAGUACAUAAUGUAAAUUUGAAAGUUUUCAAUUUCAAAAUAUUGUUGUACAUAUCCUCUACUUUUCAUCCACAUCAAAUUUCUCUGGUGUAGCAUACCUCCUUAAAGCAAGAAUGUUAAAGCUAUUGCAAUGAUUUUUUGUUACUAUGGAAGAUACCAAACUUAUUGUAACUUGUGCAAAUCAAUCGUUCUACAAAUGUAAUGAAUGCAUUUACUAAAUAAGGGUUGUGACAAUAUUGAAUGAUUGAAUGAUUUGAAAACCAUUUUCAUAAUAGUAAAUAUACCUGUCAAAUAUGAUUGAUAUAUUUUUAUUAGAUGUGUAUUAAUUAUUCAGUUAAUAAUCUGCUUCUAGGUUGUAACUUUGUUACUUCCCAUUACAGUGUUUUCAAUGAUGUCAUUACAGUUGCAUUGAUGGAUUACGUACUGUGAUUAUUACAUUGUGUUACUGUAUACGAACUUUGUACUAUUACAAUAAAGACAUAUGAAGAAGA